GCCUGGUUUUGCAGCAGCCAAAUGACUGCCAUUUAUCCAAAAUUCACCAAAGUGGUGCCCAUGUUCCUUGAUCCAAAUUACAAACGAUUCUCCAAGAUUGGUGAUUAUUUGCCUCCAUUUGGAAUAAAAUCACAAGAAAAGAUCAUAGAUAUUCUUCUGUCAGCAACUAAGAGCUAUGGGCUUGGAGAGGAACUUGACAGUAUGAGCUGUAAGACAUGCAUCAUCGUAGGGAACGGAGGAAUCCUCGCCAACAAGUCUCUAGGACAGAGGAUAGAUCAGUUUGAUGUGGUGGUCAGGUUAAAUGAAGCCCCAGUGAAAGGCUUUGAGAAAGACGUUGGUUCUAAGACCACUAUGAGGAUCACCUAUCCAGAGGGAGCCAUCCAGAAGAUAGAACGCUACGAGGCUCAGUCUCUGUUUGUCCUCUCUGCCUUUAAAGCUCUGGACUUCAAUUGGCUUCGACACAUGGUCUUCAACCAGAGGCUGCAGAGCACUGAUGGCUUCUGGAAGUCGGUGGCCAGACGUGUUCCGCGGGAGCCCAGCGACAUGCGUAUCCUGAACCCAUACUUCAUCCAGGAGGCCUCCUUCAAGCUGAUUGGCUUACCUUACAACAAUGGACAGAUGGGCAGAGGGAAUAUCCCAACGCUGGGGACAGUUGCCAUAACGAUGGCCCUUCAUAACUGUGAUGAAGUAGCUGUUGCUGGAUUUGGCUACAACAUGAGCACUCCCCAUGCUCCUUUGCACUACUAUGAGAAGAUCAGGAUGUCAGCCAUCAAAGAGUCCUGGACUCACAAUAUAUCUAAAGAGAAGGAGUUCCUGGUGAAGCUGGUGAAGGCUGGGGUUAUCCAGGACUGGACCAAUGGGAUCUGUGGUGCAGGAUGUUGAUGGUCUGCACUCAGCCUUGUAGCUCCUUGCCUGCAACACUGUGCUCACACCCACCUGCUCCAGCACCUGAAGAGGGAAACUCAAGGGUCUGUCGGCCAUGUUCCCAACAGAGAGCAACAUGGUCACUGCAGAGACACUGUGUGCAUAUGAGGCUUUCUGACCAGGACACACUGCCGCAGUGUUGCAUUUUGACAUAUUGCAAUUGGCCUCUGCAUUGUUUCGCAGUAUUUAGCUCAUCCUAGUUGCAGGUUAGUGUAUAUAAACAUGGAUUUGGUGCCCUGGCUCAGGUGUAUGUCAGUAGUGUUGGGGAUUAAACCAGUACGUGGACCAGGCUUCCCUCUUACCAGAACUGUUGCAGUCUGUAGAGACGAGGAGAGGCUGGAGCUGCUGGGUUUAAACAUUGAGCCUUUGCCAAGAAUACCUCUACAAGUGUCCUUCUGCUCACACAUCUGAAUGUAAUCUGCAUCAAACCUAUAGUCACCGAUUUCUAUCUUCUAUUUUCUGUGUUAAACAGGGUGCACAUUACAUGGCACGAGUCAGCCGUCCUGAGUCAGUUUCUGACAUCUGAGAGUAGACCCUCCCAUCAGAGCUUGUUUUGUCGAGUGGGUCAUAGUUAAUAUGAAGCCAGAGAGCUGGGGAAUACGAGCUAAAGGAUAGUACACUCAAAUUAAGCUCACACACAGUUGCAGAAGAGACACAUUACGUUUGUUCUUGUGAGGCAGCAACAUACCAUGAUCCCUCAAGACUUCAUGUCCACUGGAUGUGGAGUCUCAUUUCACCUCCAGUACAACUCACAUCUCUCAAGCAUGAAAUUCACUUGUUAAUGUACAGUAUAU